AUGCGAGGCACCAGAUCCCUCUCGGUCUCCGACCCUUCCACACCAUCUUCUCCAAACUUCUCUACACUCAACAACCAACCGUCAUCUUCAUCGUCACUCCCAGGGACUCACUCACAAUUCCACCCGGCCUUUCUUCCUCUCCUCCACCACCUGUCCAGUCCACUACACCCACUAGUCUCCAGCACCACGGGUCAUCCGCAUCCAGAAUUCCCUGUGACAUUACUGGCAUACCACCUUCUCACCGCAUCGCAACUCGACAGCCUAGCGGUUCAUUUCCACCAAGUCUGGCCACCCGUGCCCGCAACAUCGUUGUAUCCCAUCCGCAUUCUGCCGUGGAUCGGAACGCCAGAGGAAAAAGAUGUUGGUCUAGCUACGAAGCGAAGGCGAUUUGGACAGUUUAUUGGGUUAAAGGACUGUUACGGUCCGUGGCUGAGAGUGGACUUUGGGGAAACGACUAUGCUGUCGGGAGAACAAAAAAAAUCAAGUCGGCAUCUGACCGAGGGGGAGGUGAUGGAGAUGAUGCUGGGACGGAUGGGGAGGGAGUGGCAGAACAGUCUGGCGAGGGCUAGAGAGGAGGAUGAGAGGCGGGUGGUGUUUAAGAGAAAUGACUGA